AUGGCGCAUCCUCGCAAGCACAUGGACUCGUCCGUGUGGAAACAAUGGCCGCACAGCUUCGUGACGACGUCCGAGGGCAUCAGGAUUCACUAUGUGGAUGUUGGUCCGAGAGAUGGCCCUCCGGUCGUUAUGCUGCACGGAUGGCCUGACCUCUGGUUUGGAUGGCGGUACCAAAUCCAGGCGCUGUCUCCGAAAUACCGCCUCAUCAUUCCUGAUGUCCGUGGCUUCGGCCAGAGCUCGACGCCGCAGGACUUGGUGGCAUACGGCACGAAGAACAUCACCAGUGACAUCGUUGCCUUGCUGGACGCGCUAAAGAUCGAGAGGGCGGUGAUUCUCGGACAUGACUGGGGUGGAAAUGCAAGCUGGAGGAUGGCUCUGUACCAUCCCGAUCGCGUACUUGCUGUGUGUGGUGUGUGUACACCGUUCGUGCCACCACGGAAGCAGUAUAUGUCGCUGGAGGACCUGUGCAAGUACAUGCCUCAGUUCAAGUACCAGCUGUUCUUGGCGGAUGCUGAGAGCUCUGGCAAGGCACUAGACGCUUCACCACGUCGUCUGGCGACUGCUAUCUUCCGUCGCAAGACAGAAUACGGUCCAAAAGAGGAAGCUCUGCCGCUGCAUGAGCUACUUAAGGCUGUCAACACCGACGUGGACCACGUGAUCUUCAACGAGCGCACGGAAAUGCUGUCGGAGGACGAUCUCCAGUACUACAUCGACCAGUACACGCAGAGCAAGUUCACGAGUGCCAACAGGGUAUACGCGACCAAGAAGAUCGAUUUCGAGACGGAGAAGGACCUCCCGGGAACGAUCGAGCACCCUGCGCUGUUCAUCGGCGCAGCUGAUGACCCUGUGCUCAAGCCAGAGAUGGCUAAGGAGAUGCCAAAGGUGAUUCCUAACCUCCAAAUGGAGCUGGUCGAGGAUGCCGGACACUGGGUGUUGUUUGAGCAGCCUGAAGCCGUCAACGCUAUCCUGUCGCAGUGGCUAGCCAAGGUCACUAGUCCGUAA